CGGCGGGAGGCGCCCCGCGGGCUCGGCGACGAUGGGAUGCUGCACCAGGUGCUGCACCUUGAUUUUCCUCUGCACUUUGCAGCUGCUUGCUGCAUUAGAGAGACAAGUAUUUGAUUUCCUGGGAUAUCAAUGGGCUCCUAUUCUAGCCAAUUUUCUCCACAUCAUCAUUGUUAUCCUUGGCCUCUUCGGUACUAUCCAGUACAGGCCACGCUACAUAGUGGUGUACGCCAUCUGGACUGCCGUUUGGGUCACCUGGAAUAUCUUCAUCAUCUGCUUCUACUUGGAAGUGGGAGGACUUUCCAAGGACAGCGAGCUUUUGACCUUUAAUAUCUCCCGGCACCAGUCCUGGUGGAGUGAAAAUGGCCCUGGCUGCGUAAGGAAGGAGGCUCCCAUGCCCGGCAUAAAGGGGCUGGACAGUCAUUCCUACAUCUCCGUCAUCGGCUGUGCUCUGGAGUACCGCUACAUUGAGGUCAUGCACAGCUCCUUCCAGAUCCUGAUCGCGCUGGUGGGCUUUGUCUAUGCCUGUUAUGUUGUCAGUGUUUUCACAGAAGAAGAGGACAGCUUUGAUUUCAUUGGUGGAUUUGAUCCAUUUCCUCUCUACCAUGUCAAUGAAAAACCCACCAACCUUUUGUUCAAGCAGACCUACCUGCCUGCGUAAGUGAAGAGGAUUCCAAGGCUGGAUAAACCUUGCACCCAAGAAACAAAGGUGCUGCAAGACGCAACCCCCACCCCGGCCUGGAGCUGCAGCAGAGGAAACACCAGGAUGGUGAAAUCCAUUCCACUUUUUAUUUUGUUAUAUUUUUUUUAGCACAACGAAUGUACACGCAAGAACCACCACUUGGUUUGUUUUUAUUCUGUGAGCAUCCUGAUGAACCAUUAGUACCAUUGGCCUGGCCCUAUGUGGCCCACAGGUAGGGCAAGAUUACAGGGCUGGCUGCAAAGAACCACCUCAAUGGAAACCCUUCACUCCAGCCUGAUAAUCAAGAGUUGAACUGUGAGCUACUUUCUUCCACCUCGGAUCUGUAACGAAGACAGUGCUGCAUACCACACUGGUUCAGGCUGCCAUAGUUUUGUAGUUUACCUGGUUUUUUUAAUGGACAAAACGCCCUAAACACCGUCUGAUCGCCUCCUUGCCUUUGAGAGAUGGUGAAGGGGAUAUCUACUUUGGAGAAAUGUUGGGGCAUUUGUUUUAGCAGUUAAAGAAGGGUUUGCGUGCUUCCCCUGCCUCCCUAUUCAUGCCUGCCUCCUGCCAUCGCCCCUUACAAUCUGUGGCCUUGCUCACAUGAUGCAUUUCCUCUGAUUUCAGACACCCAUGCAGAUGGGCUGCUAGGAGCUCUUUGCCCAAGCAUGCAAAGCCCCUGGUUGCUCUUGGUGCAAUUUAGCCCAGUCUGAACCAUGAGCAAGCCCACCCGGGCAAGCAGCAGCUGAUAACAACAUCCCCAGGAAGCCGACCCUGGUGCAGCUACAGUCACAGCUGGCGGACUGCAGCCGGCACUGGGGAAGGCUCAGGCCACGUGCUACAGAUGUGUAGGGCCAGCUUCAUCCACGCAACAGCCACGUUUACUCCAGGAAUGUCCUGACCCAAGGGGGCCUGCCGGACAUUGGUGGAGGAAGGAAUAAGAGGGGAAGAAAAGAAAGAGGGAGCAUAUAAGUGUAAUGAAAUGGCAUUGUGGGUCACAGCAAUUCAUUUGAAAACAAUAAAUAAAAUAACUUGAG